GCUGUGUAUAAUAGACAAAGUUUAACAAAUUAGAGGUAAUGAAGUAAGAACGACUUUCAUUCUCAUAAUUUUCAUACAAUUGUAUGUUGGCUCUAUUUUCUUUUCUUUGUAUUUUGAUUUGUAUUUCUUUCUGCAGUUCACUGGAGAAUGGAUAUGGAUUCGAGUUAUAUCAAGGAGGAAGUGGUUGAAUCAACCUCAGUAACACUUUACCUAAAGGAGGAACCUGACUGUGAAGAGUCAGUUGGAAUAAAAGAAGAACCUAUUGAGUUUGAAGAAACAUUCAGCCAAAAUGAAGACCCAAUUGAGCCUAAGCAGGGUUCAUCAUGGACAGUGGAAAAAGAGAAAAAAGAUUUUACAGGGCCAUUUAAAGACCCAGCUGUAAUGCAAGACUGUGCUUCAUACAGAAAUUCUGACCUCAAAGUCAAUCCCAGCAAAGUCAAGAUGUCUAUCGAGGAAAGGUUUACACAAAACCUCACGGAUCAUUUUAAAGAAAACAAAAAAGGAUUAAUUCCAAAGUGUGACUAUCAGAAGACCAUCGAUGCCCUGAAAGCAGCAGCUGAUAACUCACAUGCCAAGGGGCGGCACGGAUAUUAUCUGUUGGAGAAGUAUGAAGUACUCCAGUGCGGGCCUACAGAAAAACUGAUAAAGAGACGUUCGACACGACAGGAGUCGCCACUCUACUAUGUGAGCAUCGAGGAGACAUUUGACGUUGUCAAGAGCGCCCACAUCUCAACAGGCCAUGGCGGAAGAGACCGGAUGUUGAAAGAAUUACAAAAGAAAUAUGCAAACAUUCCAACUAAGGCCGUUGAGCUGUUCAAGUCACUCUGUCAAGAAUGCCAAAAGAAACGAAAACGGCCGAUGACGAAGGGGGUUGUCGUUCGUCCAAUACUCACCAAGGAAUUCUCGUCAAGGGGUCAGGUGGAUCUAAUUGACAUGCAAAGCAUGCCCAGUGGAUCCAACAAGAAAUGGAUCAUGGUGUACCAGGAUCACCUGACGAAGUUUUGCAUCCUUCGAGCCUUGAAGUCUAAAAGAGCAGCAGAGGUCGCUUUUCAUCUACUAGACAUUUUUCUUCUCUUUGGUGCCCCCGUUAUUCUCCAAAGCGAUAACGGAUCCGAGUUCACUUCACAAGUCAUUACAGAGCUGAAGGAAGUUUGGCCAAAACUAACACUGGUGCAUGGUAAGCCUUGCCAUCCCCAAAGUCAGGGAUCGGUUGAGCGUGCAAACGGUGAUAUUAAAGAUAUGUUGGUUGCAUGGCUGGCUGACAAUGACUCACAAGACUGGCCUACGGGCAUCAAGUUUGUUCAGUUCCAGAAAAACAGUGCUCUCCAUUCCGGGAUAAAGUGCUCUCCAUAUUCUGCAAUGUUUGGCUGUGAGGCUCGUGUAGGACUUACUACUUCGUCUUUGCCGAUGGAAGUGAUUGCUCGGAUGGAGACUGAGGAGGAUCUUCUUGCUGUCACACCAAUCAGGCCAGACUCUGACAAUGACGAGAAGACACAGACCAAUACAGGAUAGCCGUAAAAGCUGGUAUUCUCAGUGGUCUGUAUUCCAGAAAUCAAUUCGAUCUGUGCCCUCAGCGCCUUCAAAAUACUGACGACAUGAACACUGAAAAAACAGUUUCACUGCGCUCGGUGGCGAUUUCUCAAUCCGCUUCAGGUGGACAAGGCUUCAAAAGAUGCAACUGCACUGGCGCCCAAAAGUGUAGUACAAGGCGAUGUAAAUGCCUUAAAGCUGGGGUUCUGUGUAGCUCACGAUGUCAUAGCAGCCUCAAUUGUUGUAACAAGUAACAUGUCAAUGGUUUCUGCCAUUCUUUAGAACUGUUUAAAUGGUUUGUUUUAGGUCGUGGAACAGUUUACGUUGUGUGUGUGUGUGUGAGAGAGAGAGAGAGAGAGAGUUUUAACUAACUGACUGUUUGACCAAUAAAGUGGAAUAAAAUAAAAUGAAUUUAAAUAA